GGUGGCGGCGAUACGCAGUGGUGGGGAUACCGCGCGACUGUCGAGAGCACUCACGCUGGAGUCUCAGUCGACGCCGAGCCGUCACGCGCGUUGGCUUAGUUGCUUUGUUUCGUUUGUGAAAACAUUGUCGCGCGAACAUUCGACAAAACGUUUUUUCUCUUUAUCUUUUUCACUUUCUAUUUAUUAAUCAUUAUUUUCGAAUUAGAUCUACGAUCGCGAGGGUGCAUUGAUAAGAGUUUUCGGUGGAGCCUGAUUGGUUCACAUAGGUCCAGCGAUAAUGUUUGACUACUGUCUACGCGUUACUACUAUUUCCGGUGUCGCGUGAGUGUCGAUCGUAAGCGCUCGAAAGAUUUGUCGAGCGAGAAGAGGAAUGCCCUAAACGUGCGUUGCACACUUUUGUUUCUAUAUCUACCAUUGAAUUCAUCGGUACUCGUCGUCACCUUUAACCUUCCUUUACUCCUUCUACAUUGUACCAAGGAGGAUCCAUAGGACACGGGAUAAUCUUUCGAUUCGUCUUCUGCUUCUUCCUCUUCGACAUGGACUUCGUUAUACUUAAGGUGAACGGACAAGAUGUUUCUAACUCGAGUCACGAAGAUGCUGUACGUUGCUUUCAAUCGGCACAAGAACCCAUCAUCGUUGAGGUCCUUCGAAGGCAGCCCUCAUCUCAUCAGCAACAGAUCGUUCACACGCCAUCGAGGGAACACGAGAGAUCGAGUCACGGAAAGAACGAUGGAACGACGAAUGAGAAGGAAACGAGCGAGGACGAAUUCGGAAAAGAAAAUUCUUGUCCUUUGGUAUCGACUGCUGUUCAAACUGAUUGGGCUGGUUUGGUAGAGGAAGAAGAAUUAUUAUCGGUACCGCUUGGUACCGAAGAACACACCAACGACAGUUUCGAGGAUUUUCUUGCACAUGACAUAGACUUCGAGGAAGUAACGUUACGUAAAAGCGGAAGCGCAGAAAAGCUCGGUCUCACAGUCUGCUAUAGUUCUGGUUCCGGUAGCGAGGACGCCGACACCGAGGUUUAUAUUUCAGAAAUAGUUCCUGAAAGUUUAGCAGCCCGUGACGGCCGGUUACGGGAAGGUGACCAAAUCUUGCGAGUGAAUGGAAAAGAUGUAGCUAACAAAGAACAAACGGAAAAUUUAUUCGCCGAGACGAAGAACGCUGUGACUAUAUUAGUCAGUCGAUGUCUUUACCAGGAUGAUGAAUACGAUGAUAGGCGUAUUUAUCAACAGGGCUCACCGCCAUUGUCACCGGAAAAUUUGCCAGCCUAUCAGAACAGUAUGAUCGAGCAACUAAUACGACAACAACAACAUCAGCAACAACAAACGGAAGAACAUACCAAAGAAACGGAAGGGAAUUUUUCGACGUUGAAAGCUCCACCUCCUAUUCCAUCUCAUAUGCAACAACAGCAACAGCAACAACAACCACAAUCACCGCAGCAACAACAACAACAACAACAACAACAACAACAACAACAACAACAACAACAACAACAAUAUCAACAUCAAUUACCGACUCCGCAACAACAACAAACACCUUCAAUAUUUUCAACGACCUCAUCUUCCACGUGUUCUUCGCAAAACUCACAAAAAUCAGGUAAGAAUGCAACGUCUCCGGCUCACCACACGGAAGAUAGAAAGCAAUGGAUGCAGGACGCGUUAAAGGAUUGUUCGAAGAAAAUCGAAAACUUGUCAUUGCGAGGUCAGCAAAUAGUACCUUCUCAAACGACAAUAAAACUCGUCGAAGCGUAUUCCAGUCACGUAUGGAGCGAAACCGAACAUAUUUAUGAAACGAUACCCGAAUCUGAUAGCGAACCUAUCUAUUCCUCGCCUUACGAACAUCAACAUUGGACGACGCAGCAGUUACAGAUGAAUCAUGGAUCAAACUCUCAGCAGGUACAAAAUCAUGGGAAUCAAACAAAGCUCUGGCAUUCCUCCUCGAAAAGUAACAGUUCUGGCGAGGAAAAAGAUAGUUCGAGUGCUUAUAAUACAGGAGAAUCUUGUCACAGUAAUCCGUUAACAUUGGAACUUCAUCAGGGUGAGAGAGAUCAUCAUAAGAGCACUCUCGUUCUUUGCCCACCGAAAAGUACAAGUAGCCAACAUUUACAACAACAACAACAGCAACAGCAACAACAACAGCAGCAGCAGCAGCAACAGCAGCAACAACAACAACAACAACAGCAACAGAAAAUGGGUUGUAAUUGUCCUAUGCCGAUUAUGUCGAUGACGUCUGGUAAACAGGGUGGUAGGAGUCAAACUACGAGAAAGAGUUCGUCUCAUCAUAAGGAUCGAACAGAUUCCAGUGGGAGUACAUUACCUGCUGAUACUAUGUAUACGAAUGUAGCUAAUCUCCAACAAACUAUGCUCUUGCAACAACAACUUUUCAAACAAGCUUUAAAUAGAAAGAAUCUCACAGCGAAGGAAACAAGUGGUGCUAGAAAGUCCAAGUCUCAUGGUAACUUUCAAGCACCGAAUCUCACGCAAUAUCAAUUCGUCGGUAGCCAACAAGUUUGUUCCUCAGCCGCUUGGAUGCCACCGGAAGAAAAGUGCGAGGUACAGAUGGAGUGGAAAGUUAAACGAAGAGCCGAUGGUACCAGGUACAUCGCUAGACGACCCGUUAGAAAUCGACUUCUCAGGAAUAGGGCUCUUAAAAUAUCGGAGGAACGUGCUGGACAUACGACGGAGGAUGAAACCAUGUCCGAGAUGAAGGUUGGCAGAUAUUGGACGAAAGAGGAACGCAAAAGGCAAUUGGAAAGAGCGCGAGAACGUAAGCAACGACAGCAAGAACUGAUGCUGCAACAACAACAACAGCAGCAGCAAUUACAGUUGCAACACAGUAACGAUCUUUUAAUAUGCGAAUAUAACGAGGAUAAAAUAACUAAGAAACCAUUGAACAUCGUCGAAUUGAGUCACAAAAAGAUGGCACGCAAAAAGACUACUUUAGACGACUUUACUACGGUACAGGAGAUGUUGGUUCAUGGAAACAGAGUCGGUGCAAGUGGACCCGGUACUGGUGGCAAAUUAAUGGGAUUAUUAUCAGUUACCACGGUGUAAUUGCUUCUUCUUUUUAAAAACUAGAUUGUUCGCAUGAAUUGUGCAAUAAACCUAUGUGCGCGCAUAAAGAUGUAUAUCUAUGAAAGAAAAUUUUUUACAGAUAUAGAAAAUCAAACUAAUUCAUCAAAAUGACGUAUUACGAUGAUAUCGUUUGUUUUAUCAUCGUCUUUCUUACCUUUAUUUUUCAAUUUUCGUUUGUUAAAGAUAAAUUCAAAUUUUUCAGAUAUAUAUAAUACGAUCCAACUGCCCUAAGAAGUAUAUGUGUAAUCUGAAAGAAAAAAUAUUGAACACAUAACUUUAAUAUAUAUCUCUUACUAAAUUAUCUUCUAAUUUUCAUAUAUAUAUAUAUAUAUAUAUAUGAAACGAUCUAUCAUGAUUAAUGGUUUUCUUUAAAAUUACACGCCUAAUAAUGUCGUUGAGAUAUGAUUGAUAUGUCUCUUUGUACGAUAAAGAUUAUAAUAAAGUGUGAUCGAUGUUCGUAGAUGAAAAAGCGUUAAAGUGUGAUAACUAACGAGGAAGUAUGAAAAAGAAAGAGCGUAGAAUCGUACCAAAAUGAUGAAUAGAAAUCAAAGAAAGAAAAGCAAGAAAAAAAGGAAAAAAGAAAAGAAAAAAAAAAAAAGAAAAAAAAGUAAAAAGAAAAAAUUCGUAAUCAUCUCACUGGAAGUGUACUUUGCGAAGUUUUGCUUAAUGAUUUAACUGAUCUUGAAAUGAUUUAACGUAAAUCUUGUAAAUAUAAAUAGUUGUACGUUGAUAUUUCUAGAUCGAUUUUUCACAACUUAAUGAAAUUUUAAGUAUAAACCUGUAGAUAUGUAUUAUACACGUAUUAAACGUAUGCCGAUACGAUGCUGCUGGGGCUUGGUUCUUCUCAAAAACAAAUUCCAUGUGGUAAUUUGUUAUUUUGUUUUUUUUGUUUUUUUUUGUUUUUUUUUUUUGUUAACUCAAAACAAGCCAUUGUAUAUUUACUCGACGUUGUGCAUUGUUAUAAUCGGAGAUUAUAUAUAAUAUAAUAUAUAUUGUGGGACAUUAAAACAAUUUCUCCGCUUAUUCUCGUGAGAAUCUCAAAGGAAAUUUAUAUUUCUCGUGAGAUUUCGUAAGAAAUAAUGAUUCUUCGCAAAAACGUGUACAAUCUCUAAUUUUUUAUACGUGUGUACAUUAAUGCACAUAAUGUACAUUUGCUCUAUGAAUUAUCUUCCGUUUAAGAUUAUUUUCGACUGAUACGUACGUAUGUAUCUAUGAAUGUAUGUAUGUAUGUAUGUAUGUAUGUAUGUAUGUAUGUAUGUAUGUAUGUAUGCAUGUAUGUAUGUAUGUAUAUAUGUAUGCAUGUAUGUAUGUAU